CCUUAGAUUUGAGUGGACUAGUCUAAAUUUAAACCUUUGACCUUUCAACUUUUACCUUUAAAAACGCGUGAAUGGAGAUGAAGAUUUUGCACAGAUAUUUGCCUUGAUUUGUGACGUCUUCAUGUCUUUCCGAAGAUGACCACACCAGAGUCAAGGUCAUGUGGUCUGUCCAGAGAUGUGACCUUGGCAGUGCUACCCAGACUGCACCUGGAGGAGGUUGUCCUUGAACUUGGUCGGAGGAACAUCCACUGUGGACCCGAGUCUAACAACAAGGAACUCCUGACCAAUGUGCUGUUGGAAGUCAUCAAACAGGAAUACUAUGCCAUCAGUUGCCAGUGGGGUGAUCAUGAGAACACAGAACCGACUGUCCCAAACUUGGGCAGCCCCCACAGUUGGGCCGUGUCCGAGGAAAUCAUCGAGACCGCACAGGCGCACGACACAACUAACGACCUUGUCAACGAGACCACAAACGACCUUGACAACGAAGUUCAUGCCGCGCUGUCGGCCGCAGACACCCUUCCCUCCAUCCCACCAACCACUGCGACCCAGCAAACUACGAAACCCAAAACCAAAGUCGUGACAUCUAGACGAAAGACUCGGCAACCGAGCAUCCCAGGAGAUGUCUUAGACACCGAAGACGUAGCUAAGAACAUAAGAAAGAUCCUCCACAUGAACGACUUGCAGCAGAAGUGCUUUGCUAAGCAUGUUUUAAGACGUUUGCCAGGAAUCGUUGGAGAUUUGCUGAAUCAUCCCAAACCUUGGAAGAAGUUGAGGCCAAUUACACGUCAGCUGUACACUGCUAUGAGGGACUGGAUGUCACCCGAAAAACUUGUCCACAAUGUCUUAGAGCUCAAGAAGCUUCAAAGGCAAGAUACUUAUGUUUGUGAGAAGACUCAAGAUCCCUCUACAAUCAACCCUACCAACACUGAAGAAGCUAAAAACACGUGUGAAGAGCUGGACCAAAAUCGCCAAGAAAAUGACACUGCUGAAGUACAUGUAAGAGGAACACAAUUAGUGGAUGAAACUAUGACAACUUCUUCUAUAUCAAACACUAUUUACGUCACACCUGCUUUGUCUUACACUACACAGGACACAGAAAAUCAAAAAGAGAUGUCUGUCCAUGUCUUAGACGAUGCUACAGAGGUCUUAGACCCAGCACAGAUCGCCAACACUCUCCGAGACACGUUAGAAAAGAACAAAUUGACACAGGCGAUGUUUUCAAGGCUCGUGUUGCAGCGCGGAGAGGGAACAUUUUCAGAGUUGAUGAACAAUCCGGGACCGUGGGAAAAGAUGCAGCCUCGCAGACAGAACCUGUAUAAGACUAUGAAACAGUGGAUGGAGCCGGACGUGCUCGAUCGCAAUGUUCAGGAGCUACGGACAGCUUGGAAAAACUAUAAACUGAGUGACUACAAGCUCCGAAGGAAGUGGGAUAAAAAAUCUGCUCAGGAAAAGGCCUCACCUGAAAACCAUAUGGAGAACCAAGCUGCCCUUCAAGCAAUCCUCAUUUCGGAAAAUUCCAAGAUCCAAGAUUCCUUACCCACUCAAGACGUAGAAGCACCUUCUUCUUCUCCACAUGCUCAAGACUCAAUCACACAUACCCAUAGUGAAGCUUCCAAGAUGUCUGAAGCAACACCAUUGGUUAAUAAUGCACCAGAAGGCCAUUCAGGAACAGCCUGCACCAAUCACAGCCAGCCUUUCUCAGACUGCAUCAAACCACAGGAUGUCACAUUGAAGCUGAAAGAGAUCCUAAAAGCAAACAAGAUCUCGUACCAGAUAUUUGCGAGGAAGGUUUUGCGUAGAAGCGUGGGAUCGCUUGCGGAUUUGAUAAACUAUCCGCUAGCCUGGGAUAGGAUGACGCCAGCACGACAGAAGCUGUACCGGACUAUGUGGGAAUGGAUGGGUCCAGAUGUGCUUCAGAAGAACAUCAAGGAGUUGACAAGUCUCAGGCAAAAACAGGCUUCAAAACCAAAGAAGAUAAAAAGAGACACCAAGGAAUUGCAAGUGGAAGAGGAAUGUUGUUCGGAAUCAGAUGAAGAAACCAGUAAAUGUACAUCUGAUCACACAACAGCUGAAAUCAUUCCUUGUGUAGGAGAACCUCAAGAGGAAGAUUCAAUACCUUCUAAUAUUCCCACAGAUUCCCAAACAGAACAAAUUGCACAAAGAGACAGUACACCAAUUUUGGUCACAUCCCUUGAGUGCACGGAUACCAUUCACCUUGUCAGUGAGUUACGCACAACUCUACAGAAAUAUGACUUGUCCCAGAGAGUCUUUGCAAAGAAGGUGCUCGGACGAGCGCCGAGUACGUUCGCGGAGAUGCUGAAUUCUCCAAAGCCUUGGUCGAAGUUGACGUCAAGAAAGAGGCACUUGUUUACAGUUAUACACCAGUGGUUGACUUCACAAGAUCUACAGAGUAACAUUCACAGACUGAAGGAUGAAGAACACAGGCAAUGUGAGUUGAUUGAUUAAUUGAUUAAUCAACUGAUUGAUUGGUUGGUUGGUUUCUUGGUUGUG